GGAAGCUGCAGCUGUUCACUCGCCGCCUGGCAUUGGGGUCCUGGAGCCGCACAAGCCGCAGGUCACCCCGGGACACUGACCGGAGCCCGCACACUGGGGAGCGGCCGCAUAUUAAGGCGGGGGACACGGUGUAUGUGUGCGCUAUUCCCAGCAGACACAAAGGAGAGCAGGAGUCUCCACAGCAGCAGCUCCGGUCCUCUGUGCCCGCUGCAGCCAUUGUCCAGCUGAGAAGUGUUACUGUGCCAGGACCAUGUCUGCGGGAUGCUGCGCCAGGCAGGUGGCCUGCUGCUGCGGGGCUGCAGCCUGCGCCCUGUGCUGUACAUGCUGCCCGACGAUCAAACAGUCUACAAGCACCCGCAUCAUGUACGCCUUGUUCUUCAUUCUGGUCACCAUUGUCUGCGCGGUUAUGAUGUCCACCUCUGUGGCUAAACUGAUGGAAGCACAUAUUCCAUUUUAUGGAGACAUCUGUGAGCACCUGCAGGCUGGAGUGAACUGCGAUAAGUUGGUCGGGUACUCGGCUGUGUACAGAGUCUGUUUUGGCAUGGCCUGCUUCUUCUUCCUACUCGCCAUCUUUACAAUAAAUGUUAAGAACAGCAAAGGCCUCCGAGCCUACAUCCACAAUGGCUUCUGGUUUUUCAAGUUUUUGAUCCUCAUAGGGAUGUGUUCUGGAGCGUUCUUCAUUCCUGAUCAAGACACUUUUCUCUCUGUGUGGCGUCUCAUCGGAGCAGUGUUUGGCUUCGCGUUCCUGAUCAUCCAGCUCAUGCUUUUGGUGGAGUUUGCUCACAAAUGGAAUAAAAAUUGGACUGCAGGAGCAAAGCACAAUAAGCUCUGGGGUGGAGCCUUGUCAAUCGUCAUUCUAAUUCUAUACACUGUAGCGGUUGGAGCUUUUGCCUUGUUAGUAUGGCUUUAUACUGACCUUGCAAUGACCGAACACUGCCUGCUCAACAAAAUCUUGCUUGGUGUCAACUUUGGUCUGUGCGUCCUCUUAGUCCUAGUGUCUAUACUGCCCUGUGUACUAAAAAAUCACCCUCAGUCUGGCUUGCUGCAGGCAGCAAUCAUCAGCUGCUAUGUCAUGUAUCUCACCUUCUCGUCCUUUUCUAACAAGCCUCCAGAUUACAUUCUGGAUGAUGCUGGAAACAACGUCACGGUGUGUGUACCCAGCUUUACUAAUGGAAUAAGCCAGGACGAGCGCUGGGUGUCCUUGUUGGGUGCGGCCAUUCUGCUCGGCUGCAUAUUAUACUCUUGUCUGUCCUCUACGACACGAUCAAGCUGUGAUGCCCUCAUGGGAAGAUAUGGACCACCUGAAGAAGAAGUGACACGUUGCUGUUUUUGCUGUGGAACCAGUCAAGAAGACCAAGAGGAAAGAGUUGAAGCAAGGGGAGGACAGAAGGUGGCUUAUGAUGAGGAGAUAAAGACGUUGUACAGCUAUUGCGGCUUCCACGUCAUCUUCUUCCUCGGUACUUUCUACAUGAUGAUGACCAUCACCAACUGGUUCCAUUACUACCACGCUGAUAUAGAAAAGUUAUUUGUUGGGAGCUGGUCCCCAUUCUGGGUCAAGAUGUCGUGCUGCUGGGUGUGUGUGGCGAUCUACCUUUGGACUUUACUGGCUCCCGUGUGCUGUUCAUCUGGCGGAGGAUACGUAGUAUAAAUUUACCAUCUAGCUUAAUGACUUCUCAUCUGUUACACUAUCUUAAUCCAGAUGUGACCAUGCAUCUGUUUUAAUGUUGUUGUUGUUGUUUUUUUUUAUUAUUUUAUGCUUUUUCCCUAUUGUGCAGGACACAAAAGUUUUAAAUCAACAAUAAAGGGAUUCUUAGAGCCGUGUUCUGUUAGCGUGUGGAAGAACAUACACACCAAUGUCACCUCUGUUGUCAGAUUAUCUGUGUCCUUGUCUUUUACUUUUAUAUCUCUGGAACAGUUUAUCUUAAUGUCUUACAUUUGGUGCUGUUACCUAAAUUUUUUUUUUUACUACUUAACAUAAUUCUUUAUGAAUAGGGCUAGAUAGUUAUAGAUUCUGCCAUAUUGUGCAAUGCAUAGCAAAGGAAAUGAUCGCAGUCAGAGGAACUGUAAUGAAAUGGGUUAGGGGCUUCUUACUGUAAAGUAGGAUUGUUUUGUUCUGUUCCAAUGGGAUUCUUUACUAGUCAAAGUUUUUGUCCACUAGAACUUUCAAUAUUUAUUCAGUUUCAGAUCUAUUCCUUAAUGUUCAGAACAUAUCCUCUACCCUUGACUUUAAAAAUUUAACUUUUUGUAUGUAUUUGUACUUUUGUCUCUUCUAUCAUCUCCACUUAUAAUUAAAUACUGUACAUUUUAAAGAGAAUUAGUUAGCUGAUAUUUACACCAUCAGAUAGGUGACAGGAUGACAGGAUCAGACAUAUCUUUGUUUGUGUUGAAUGGUUUGCCACAAUUUAUAAUUUUUUCCCUUAUGUUUAAGUGUCAAGGAGGUUGGGACUAAGCAGCUUAUGUGCCGCAACAUCACUCCCCUCCUGCGUCCCCAUCCCAAACUGAUUGAUUGAUGUACAGCACCAAUCCCUGUCUCCAAAUCUCUUGCUGUGGCACUUAAAGGGGUUAUCAAGGAUUAUAAAACCAUAGCUGAUUAGGUUGUGUGUGUGUGUGUGGUAUUACAAUUCUGCUCAAUUCACUUCAAUUGAACUGAGCUGAAAUAUCGGACACAAACUGAAGACAAGAGUGGUGCUGUUCGUGAAAGAUGGCAGCUAUGGCUUUCCACUCCUGGAGAACUCCAUUAAGCAGCUCAGCUCCUCCUCUUAUAAAAUGAUGAUUUCUUUCUCUGGCUCAAGUUAAAAGUUGUGGGAAACCCAACAACAAAGGUAUGUUUGUAUUGUCACCUAUGUGACAGCGUCUGCUGAUUAUAUCAUUAAUAUAAGCUAGCAGAUUCAGUUCAAAGCAAACCUCUUUGCAGAUUGUAGGGUAUAAAGUAAGGGCUUGGCUGUUUAGGGAUUUUGACCCUAAAUCAAUACAUACCUCUCAUUAGUUAAAGCGUUUAUCCAGCUAUUAAAAACUUGUAUCUCCAGAACAGGGCCUGAGUAUUCUGGCCCCUACCUACCGAGACAUAGUUGUCUCAGCAGUGAUGGCCCGCUCAGUGCCGUCACUGCCGACAUGAGUACAUUUCAGAAGGUGGGGCUGGAGGGUUUAUCAAGAAGAGUCAGGCCUUGUCCUCUGGACACCGAGAUAUCCGAGUUUGGCUAAGUUUCCACUUGUUUUUUUUUUCUGGCAGUUUUUGAGCCGAAGUCAGAAGUGUAUUCAAAAGGAAUAGGACAUAUAAAGGAAGGACUUACACUUCUCCUCCCUUAUGGAUCCACUUCUGACUUUGGCUUAAAAACUGCAGUGGCAGUUUUCCAAAAACUGCCAGAAAACAAACCAAGCGGAAACUUAGCCUUUAAAAGCAAAUUAGGCUUUGGAGUCCACUGGGCAUUUCCCUUGACUGCUAUAGCCUAAUAUAGGUCGGCCCCUGCACAAGGUGGUCACUCCCCUCACAGAGCAGCAUUUUUUCUUUCUGUCCCUAGUAGAAGUCCAGCCUCGCAACUGAUGCCAAAACUGUCACAAAAAUCUGAAGUAUUUUAAAGCGUCCCUGUCAUUUAAAAAAAAAACUCAUCAUGUGAAAAGUUUUGAUUGAGCGGGGUCUCGGAGCUGAGACCCCCACCGAUCAGGAAAAUGGGCACAGAUAAGAGCUAUUAUAAUGGGCCGCAGUGAAGAAGUGAAGCCGACCGAUCAAAACUUUGGACAUGUCUCUGUGACAUUUCAGAAAGUCUUUUUUUUUUUUUAAACGACAGGGACACUUUAAGUCACCUUUAGUGAGAAUUAAAGGGUUAGCAUAAAUUGUCUGUUCAUUGUGCAAAUGUAUAUUAAAUUUAGUUAAAUUUAAUAUUCGUGAUAAAUCUAACUAUCUGCUAAGCCAUCGGGGUUAUUUUUGGGGCAAAAUGCAUUUUAACUUUUGGCCAAUUCUUUACUUUCUUGAGUCAAAUAACCAAGUGAUGUGGUUGCUGUUUGUUAUGUAAUGUCUACUUAUACUAAGGGCUGUGGGGACAUUUAUCAUUAGGUGUCUAUUGUAGACACAGAUCUACCCCUUUACACUGCCUGUCUAAUUUACACUCUUGCUCAAAAUUUAUAUUUCACAUAAUCAGCUCUACCAUACACCGUGAUUUAGAAUUCCACUUGUAAAGUUCUAUAAAAAAAUGAUGCAAAAAAACACGCAAAAAUCGGAAUUGCACAAAAAAGAUUGUGCAAUAUAGACAGUGAAAACAGUGUAUAUAUAAUGAUAAAUGAUCCCCUAUGAGUGUAUAUGUAAAACACAACUGGGUUCUGCUCGACUGUUAUUCGUAUCUAAUGUGACAAUAGUGUGUUGUUCAGUUCUGUUUGCAAAUUUUGAGCCCAAAUUGUCCUCAAACCUCAAGGACCUAUGAAAAAUGAUCAUGUACUUUUUUUUUUUUA